UGGUAUUUUUCCAUAUUCUAGAUGGAGAAUAUCAAAAACUUCCUCCCAGAUGAGGAUAUUCUUGCUAAUUUGGAUGGCAAUCUGUCCGAUCUCGACCUUCCUGGGAUGUCAUCAGAUGAUGAGGAUGGUGACAAGACAUUCGUGCCUCCAGCUCAUACUGCUGGGCAGAGUGAGUCUGAAGAUAUCAGCUCUGAUGAAGAUUCACCACUGCCACCUGAUCCUGGGCUAGAACCUGAUCCUGGGGCAGAAUCUGAUCCUGCACCUGUACUUAGCAGGAAGCCCAUUAACAAGCAGAGAACUAGGAGAAUGCUUUGGCGAAAUGAGGCAUUCAAUGAGAAACCAUGGCCUGGACCUCUAGACCUUGAGACAAUUGAGAAUCCUGAUCCAGUUCGCACUCCACUGAGUUAUUCCACAUACUACUUCCCUGAUGAGUUUUUCAAGCUGGCAUCAAACUUCACCAACAUCUAUUCAUUAUCAAAUGGAAAGCAGCUGAAUACCAAUCCACAAGAGCUCAAACGUUUUUUUGAUUUCAUCCUCGAUUCUAUUAUUAAUGUGGGGGCAGGAACUGAAAUCACCAAUGAUUAUGGGGUUGGGAUGUCAGAGUCAGUUGUAACAACGCUACUGAAAGACUUUCUAGGUAAAGGACAUUCUGUGUACUUGGAUAAUUGGCUCAGGCUACAGAAGAAAAUACUUCAGCUCGAAAAUGAAGUCUCAUCACUGGAAGCACAGCUCAAGGAGAAAGAGUCGAUGAUGGAGGUCAUCCUGAAUGAAGAGCAGAUCUCUGCUUUGAAAUGCACACCAAACAAGUGGAGCAACAAUCGGUUCUCAUGA